GUUACCGUCCUAUUCCAACAGACCCUUACCUGGGAGGGAAUUCACCCUUGCCACCCCCUGUAAGUGACAGGAUGAGAAAGAGACGGGCUUUUGCUGAUAAAGAGUUGGAGAACAUUAUGCUAGAGAGAGAGUAUAAAGAGAGAGAGAUGAUGGAAGCUACACAAGCAGCUGCCCUUUUUCUCCCUAACCGCAUGGUGCAUGGAGCUGAAUACAACUCAUACAAAACAGCCUUCAACACUUCACAAGUUGAUACUCCGAACAAGGAGUUUUGCAGUUUUUUACCAGCCUGCCUUGAUCUAACCAUGCAGUAUUCAGGAUCCAGCAACAUGGAACUAAUUUCUUCAAAUGUCAGUGUAGCUACUACCUACAGACAAUAUCCCUUGUCUUCUAGAUUCUUAGUGUGGCCAAAAUGUGGCCCCAUUAGUGAUGCUCUCCUCUACCAGCAAUACCUGCUAAAUGCUACUACUGUCCAAGCUCUCAAACCGGGGGCAGCUUGGGAUGCCAAGGUCUCACAAAGUCAGGACUGUCCAAACACUGAGCAUAACAUAAUGUCUCCAAAACUGGAAAACUCACUCAUUCUGACCCACACGCAAGACAUUCAGCAGUCAUGUAAUGAGAUACCAUGCCUUCCUCAGGAAGCUCGUGAGAGGUCAGCUUUCUCUCCUCCAAAAAGAACUUUCUCUCAGAUUUCUGAUAAGGAUUCUCUGGCUCCUCAGGAACAGGUAUUAAACAAGAUCACCAAAGACAGUACUAAGCCCCCCUCACCACUCAAAUACAAUCCAUUUCAGUCGCUGUUCCAGCCAGUGCUUCCUGACAGAUCAGGAGUGGAGCUGAGACCAUCAUUUGUGAAAGAGACUGUUGAAGAUACUUCUAGGAAGUACCGAGAGUGUGCCAUUAAAGAGCACCAAAAAUACAAAAUUACAAUAGACAAAUGUGCAAAAGACUUUUUUGGGGCCAAACAGGCCCCAACAAAACUUUCAACAGCUGAGCCACUGUCAUUUUCAGUUGAAUCCAUCCUUAAACGACCUUCAUCUGCAGUUGCUAAUGUUUCUCAGUGA